AUGGCAUCCACUAUCAAAGACAGCGCCACCGACGCCGCUGUCUCUGCUCAGAACGCAACAAAGUCCGCCAUUGAGAACCCCACCGACUUCCUCCACCACCCAUACACCCGCGCCGUCCUUCCCUUCGUCAACGGUGGACUUGCCGGCAUGACCGCAACAGCCGUGAUUCAACCCGUCGACAUGGUCAAAGUGCGCCUGCAGCUCGCCGGCGAAGGAGCACGUACCGGUCCCCGUCCCUCCGCUCUGGGAAUCACUCGCGACAUCAUCGCCUCAGGCAAAGUCCUCGAUCUCUACACCGGUUUGUCCGCCGGCAUCCUCCGCCAAGCCGUCUACACCACCGCCCGUCUGGGAUUCUUCGAAACCUUCAUCAAGAAGCUCAACGCCAACGCCGAAGCCGCAGGCCGAAAGGUAACCUUCGCCGAGCGUGCCGCGGCAGGACUAACAGCCGGUGGCAUCGCAGCCAUGAUUGGAAACCCAGCCGACUUGGCUCUUGUGCGCAUGCAGUCCGACGGACUCAAGGCCCCCGAGGCUCGCGCAAACUACCGUUCCGUCUUUGAUGCUCUCGCGCGCAUCACUCGCGCCGAGGGACUCGCUGCUUUGUGGGCUGGUGCUUCGCCCACGGUUGUGCGUGCCAUGGCUCUCAACAUGGGUCAAUUGACAUUCUUCUCUGAGGCGAAGCAGCAGCUCAAGCAACACACUUCUCUCUCUACUCAGAACCAGACAUUUGCGGCGUCCGGUAUUGCUGGUUUCUUUGCUAGUUUCUUGUCUCUGCCUUUCGAUUUCAUCAAGACUCGUCUGCAGAAGCAACAGAAGGAUCCUAAGACCGGCGUGCUUCCUUACAAGGGUCUUGUGGAUUGUGCGCGCAAGGUUGCCAAGGAAGAGGGUUGGAUGCGAUUCUAUCGUGGCUUCGGAACUUACUACAUUCGGAUCGCUCCUCAUGCCAUGGUCACUCUCAUCGUGGCUGAUUAUCUCAACAUCCUCACCAAGUAA